ACUCUAUAUAUUAUAUAUUCUAUGACUGGGAGUUUAACAUGUAUACAAGUAUUCGGCAUUUAAUGUUAUAAAUAAUGGUGUCAAGCUAUUUUAUAAUUUGAUUUUUGCAACAGGUUAUUUAAUUUCACAUACUUUUAUUGAUUAGUGUAUAUUAAAACUUUAAAUACGCGUGUGGAAGCUAAAAUAAUAAUUUUCCAAAAUAAGUAUGGAUCCAGAUUUCGGAGAACUUUCACAAGAUACAGAAUUUAUUGCAAAAGUGAAACAGUUUCGUGAUGCAACAUUAAAAAUUGAAGAUACAAUUAAACUUGUUACGAAUCCAGAAAUAUAUGACAAUCUUUCCAAUGCUGACAAAAUUAAAUAUAAUUUGUUGAUGUCUUAUAGCCUAAAUAGUAUGUUUUGGAUGUAUUUACGAGCAGAAGGAAUUGACCCUACGAAACAUAGAAUAAAAUCAGAAAAUGAUCGUUUGAAGAAGUCUAUGACACGUGCGAAGCAAAUUGAAGAAAGGAAUACACUUAUGCCGCGUAUAAACAAAGAGGCUGCACAAAGAUUCGUUAGAAAUGGGUUGUUCGAUGUGAAAAAUAACAAACGGGAACACAAAGAGAUUGAAGAUAAAAAUGAAUCUGUUAUAAAAUAGUAGUACAAAUAGUACCACUAUUUAUAACUAUAUGUGUUUAUAAUUAUAUGUUUUUUAUAAUUAUAUGUGAAAUUGUAUUUUAUAAAUACAUAUAAAGAGUAGAUAAUUAUGUCCAUAAAGUAUCCAGCAUCAAAUUUUUGAACUGUUGUAAAUUUAUAAUUUAAAACUAAGUAAAGUUUAAAUUGUAAACUGUUCUUCGUUUAGUUUUGUUUGUAUUAUUGAACAAAAGAUUUAACACUAGGUUUACGGAAUGCGUCAAAUUGAUGCAUAUUGGAUUUUAGAAAUAUUAUUUUGUAAAUGUUUACGCCGAUUUUGAUUGAUGCAAUCACACUGACAUGUACCCCAAUUACCUACUAUCAAAUCUCCAGUUUCCACAAUCUAAAUAUACGAGCAUCAAUUCUUUUAGGAAUAAUAGAAUGAAGUGUACAAUAAAUGCCCGUAAACCUAGUGUUAAAUACCAUCUAAUAAUAACGAACUAUAUUAGGUAAUUUGAAAAAGUAUAAUAUUUUUGUCUCCUAGGACACUUUUUCUGUAUAUGUUUACUUUAACUCUUCAACCUUCCAUGACUAUAAUGUCUUAAAGCUAAUAUCACACACAUAAAACUUCAGAAAACUGUACUUCUUAAGAAGAGUAUAAUAAAAGUUUCUUAAAACAUA